AUGUCUUCAAUUGAACUCCCACCGUCGAGGCUUGGUACCAAAGAACACUGGGACAAUGUAUAUUCUUCCGAAUUGAACAAUUUCGAGGACAUCGGCGAUGAAGGCGAAACAUGGUUCGGCGAAGAUAGCGUGGAGAAGAUGGUUGACUGGGCUCUUGAGACCAUCCCUCCAGACAUGGACCCGUCACCUUUUAUCCUCGAGGUUGGUGCGGGUAACGGCAACCUGCUAUUUGCUCUUCACGAGGCAGGGUACAAACCACGCAGAAUGUGUGGAGUGGAUUACAGUUCAGAUGCGGUGAGGCUCGCCCAGGCGAUUGCGCGUUCUCGGCGCGAGGCAGAAGACGACGAGGACACGACGGAGCGCUCUGAAGGAGAUCCAGACGCAAUUACAUUCGCAGUGUGUGACUUCCUGCAGGAAGACGUGCCCGUGCUGCCCGAGAUGACUCGCUUCGAAGGAGGCAGUGCGGUGUGGGACCUUGUCCUAGAUAAGGGUACCUUUGACGCGAUGGCCCUGGGGACAAACGAAGAUGGACGCUCGUUUGCUGACGGAUAUCCUCUCCGAGUGGGGCGUGUGGUCAAGCCCGGAGGAUACUUCCUGAUCACUUCAUGCAAUUUCACCGAGGAAGAGCUAAAGAACAAAUUCACCUCUGUAGACACGGGCCUUAUCUUCCACUCACGGAUAUCCUUCCCAAGCUUCUCGUUUGGCGGCAAAAGCGGCAACGUGUAUUCGAGCGUAGCAUUCCAGAAGACAAUAUAG